CAUACCAACUCCUACACAGUGAUUUCGUUCUCAUUGGUGAUCAUUGAUGCGUAGGAGUUUGUACACAUACAUAAACAUUUUUUUUAAAUUAUUAAUUCAUGCAAUGAACUGGAUUAGAUAUAAUGUUUAUAAUAAGUUAUUCAUUCACUUUAUGCGAUGGAUUUCAGACGAUUUUCAAAAAAUUGAAAACGAAACCGAAAGCAGAUUUUGGAAAAACCCGGUAUGAAUAAUAAAUAUCUCCGUGUGCAAUACUAUUGACGAUCGGAAUAUGGCGGUUAACAGUCUUCUAUCUGUCUUCAACAAAGACGAAGAUUUCUGCUACGGCCUUGUUUUUAAGCAUUUCCCAGCAGAAUGGCACGAGACAGACGUGCAAAAUUACCUGGAAGUUAUAACCAGAGCCGACGUCAACGCCGUGUGUAUUCCUGCCGCGCGUUGUGACGUUGCAGUUGCUAUUUUUGAUGACAUUGUAUAUGACACAAGGAUACAGAAAUGGCAAGAGAAGGCAUUCAGUAGGCCUGUAGGUGGCUGUUACCCUACCUUGGAGUUACUGGGAAGUCCCACAGGCGUCUUUAUACCACAGGUACCUGCAGGUGUAAGCGAUGAACUUCUUCAGCUGUAUUUUGAAAGUGGGAAAUCAGGAGGCAUUGAGGGCACAGUGGUCGAGCCGGUGGAACUAGGCACUAUUGAGGAAAAGAAGUAUGCAGUUAUUACGAUAGAAAAUGGGCAAGCUUUGGGAUCUAUUUUAUCAAAACAAAAUCACGGACUUAAGGGUAUUGAUCUAGAAGUUGGACCGUUCUAUCCAUCCGUCCAUCGGCAUAUAUUAGAAACUCUGAAAUCACGAGGAACCGAGUGUGAUGACAACUUUAUUGAAUUUCUGAAGAUUGAUAGAUGUUGUUACAUGAAUGAGGUCUUAAAAUAG